GGCUCUAUAAAAGCGCAUCGCCGACUGCCGAUCCGUAAAUACUUGCAUUUGCACUUGCUACAGACAACCACCAUGAACUGCAAUUGUGCUUGGCUUCUACUGCUGCUGUUGGCGGUGCUCGGCGGCGCCUGGGGCUCCAGCUGCCCCACCGGCUUCAGCACCGAGAAGAAUCUGUGCGUCAAAGAGCGACCGGUGCACGGCACCUGUCCGCCGGGGUCCAACUACCAGCUAAACAUCAACAAGUGCGUGCACGCCUGAGCUCUCUGAUAUGUAGAUGUGUUUAUGUGGGAUCGAAUACAUUUGCGGCUGAUUAAAUCUUUGGUAAACAAGUCAAAUCGAAUCGAGUCGGGUGCGAAUAAAAGCGAACAGAAUCGA